UUUUCUCUACAAUCAGUGCUUUGGGGGAGAUAAAGAUUGUGCAGUCAUGUGCUUUUCUUUCCUGUAUUUCUAAGCUCACCGUAGAAUAAUGCGGUGUUGGGGCAUUACAGCUGUUUUUUUGUGGACUGUCAUAGCCACAGAGGGGAAAGCAGUCCCUUCCCUUCCAGAUUUUGGGAAUAGCUAUCACGUCAAAGGAGUGAUCUCUCUGCCUUAUGCUGAGAUCCAGGAGCCAUUUGAAGCCUGGUUAGACCUAGCAGCAAACUCCUCCCGAAUAGACUACUACCAUGGCCAAGUGUCAACAUACCAGUUGGGGGCAGAGCAGCAGUACGGUGUUGCCUAUAAAAUCACUCCUGAGACCACCGAGGAGGAACUGAAUGUGAUGAAAUGCUUCCAGGUCAAUGGAACAAAGAAUGAAACAGUCACACCACAGGCAUCACUGCCCAAUGUGCAGGGCUUCCAGUUCCUGAGGCUGGAAUACUACAGCGGCUCCCUGUGUGAAGUCUGGCAGAAUGUGACCACAGUGGGUUACAAGAAAAACACAUACACACUGUGGGUGAUCCAUCGAAACAAAGGUGCAGAUGGCAAAGAAGAUCCUGUCAUUCCUCUCCAUUAUGAGAUGAUGGGAUACAACACCCUGCUGGGGUCCCACUAUGACAAAUACCUGGUGGACUACAAGGAGUUCAGCACUCAUGUGGACCCCAAAGUCUUCUCACUGCCUGAAGGGAUGACUUGUGGGGGAUUUCCUGGUCCAGGAGUGGAGCAUCACAUGUUGGCCAAUCCGAUGAAAGAUCUCAUCCACCCAUCAGCUUCAGGUCACUCUCAGCGCAUGUUCAACCACUUCAAGGAGAAGUUCCAGCGUCAGUAUGGUGAUGAAAGAGAACACGAAAAGAGGGAGCACAUUUUUUUUCAUAAUCUCCGGUACAUUCACUCCAAGAACAGAGCUGGGCUGUCCUUCUCCCUGUCUCUGAACUCUCUGUCAGAUCGCACCAUGUCAGAGUUGGCUACUAUGAGGGGAAGGAAACAAGGAAAGACUCCAAACAGAGGGCUCCCCUUCCCCUCAAAGCUUUACAAAGGGGUGAAAGUACCUGAUUCAUUUGACUGGAGGCUUUACGGUGCUGUGACCCCAGUGAAGGACCAGGCCAUCUGUGGUUCAUGCUGGAGCUUUGCCACCACUGGAGCAGUAGAAGGUGCUCUCUUCCUAAAGACAGGUUCCCUGCAGGUUCUGUCUCAGCAGAUGCUGGUGGACUGUUCCUGGGGUUUCGGCAAUAAUGGAUGUGAUGGAGGGGAGGAAUGGAGAGCAUACGAGUGGAUCAUGAAACAUGGAGGCAUCGCCACAACGGAAACAUACGGAGCUUACAUGGGAAUGACACACACCUGGAUCCUUAACUCAUCCCAGCUGAUUGCACAGAUCCAGAGCUACACCAAUGUCACAUCAGGAAAUGCAGAGGCCCUUAAGCUGGCUCUUUAUAAAAAUGGACCUGUAGCAGUCAGUAUUGAUGCUUCACAUAGAUCGUUUGUUUUCUAUAGCCAUGGCAUCUACUAUGAACCUGCCUGUGGUAAUACCAUUAAUGAUUUGGACCAUGCUGUGCUUGCAGUAGGUUAUGGUACCCUGAAUGGGGAGCCAUACUGGUUGAUAAAAAACUCCUGGUCAACCUACUGGGGCAAUGACGGCUACAUCCUUAUGUCUAUGAAGGACAACAACUGUGGUGUCACCACUGAUGCCACAUAUGUUGCACUAGCAUAGAUGUGCCCUGGAUUGGCUUGUUUGUCAGUGCCAUUGUUGUUCAAAAAUGAUUUAAUGUUUAAUUCCUGUUGGUGCCUGCGGAUGAAUGACACCUCAUGUUGGUUAUCACAUUCAGCAUUGGUGAUGAUAAUGGCACAUCUCUAUUGAGUGAAUUGUAAUGCUGUCCAACUGGCACACAGAUCAAGUCUGCUUUUUCAAAUACGGUUUUAAUAUUUGUAGUUGUUUUAAAGUUUAUUGCUGGUGGCACAUAAGCACAGUGUUUUCAUUUAACUGUAAAAGAAUUGACUUUUGUUUGGUACUUUAAAUUUUCAUGCGUUCAAAUGCACUGGCAUGGAAUCAAUGCAAUAAAAAUUUGGAAGGCUUUU